AUGUUAUGUGUCACAUGGAAUGUUAGGGGGAUGAAUGAUCCCUUUAAAAUAAAAGAAAUCAAGAAUUUUCUGUAUAGUCACAAAGUAGCUGUGUGUGCUUUACUGGAGACUAGGGUGAGGGAACAGAAUGCAAACAAGGUUCAAGGGAAGUUAGGUAAAGACUGGAAGUGGUUGAAUAAUUAUUCUCACUCAGCAAGAGGGAGAAUAUGGAUAGGUUGGAGGCCAGCUUGGGUUAAUGUCACACUUACACAUACCCAGGAACAAUUGAUGGUAUGUGAUAUUCAAGAUCAAUCUCAUAAGAUAAAAAUGGUUGCUGUGUAUGGCCUUCACACAAUAGCUGAUAGGAAAAGUUUAUGGAGUGGGUUGCUACAAUGUGUUCAACAACAGGAUCCCAUGAUUAUAAUUGGUGAUUUCAAUGCUGUAUGCCACUCAAAUGAUAGGCUACAUGGGACCCUAAUUACUGAUGCAGAGACUGAAGAUUUUCAGCAAUUCUUAUUACAAUCAAAUUUGAUUGAGAGUAGGAGCACAGGGUCAUAUUACUCUUGGUCUAAUAGCAGCAUUGGAAGUGAUAGAGUACUGAGCAGAAUUGACAAAGCCUAUGUGAACCUAGUCUGGCUAGGAAUGUAUGCUGAGGUAAGUGUGCAAUACUUACCCCCUGGUAUCUCAGACCAUUCUCCUCUGUUAUUCAACUUGAUGACAGGGAGGCCACAAGGGGGGAAGCCUUUUAAGUUCAUGAAUGUAAUGGCUGAGCAAGAUGAGUUCUUAGAGACUGUGGAGAAAGCUUGGAGUUCUGUAAAUGGGAGAUUCAAGCUUCAGGCAGUAUGGUUGAAGCUCAAAGCUGUCAAGAGAGAGUUGAAGCAAAUGAAGACUCAGAAGAUUGGGCUGGCUCAUGAAAGUGAAGGAUUUAAGGCACCAACUCCAGGAAAUGCAGAGUCAGGGUGA